UUCCGGAGUUUGGCUGUCAUGGCCGAAAAAAGUCGUUGGUUUUUGCUCGUUAGCUGCUGUUUCAUUAGUGUGCAAAGUGAAGCAGAAGUUGUGCCGGAUAUUUUGAGUACAAUUAAAUGUCCUCUGAAAGUGACACUAAUGACCUGUUGGGAUUAUUCGGAAAAAGUUAAAUAUUUCAAUGCCCUGAACGAUCGAUAUUUGACUUCAUUCUUCGACGAUCACAUCAGCCAGUUUGUGGAGGACAUUAACGACCAUCAAACUUUCUUAAUUGUGGAUAUCAACUGUCCUAAUACGAGGCAUCUGUUGGCAGCUGCUGGCAAACUUCUGUAUAUCAAAUAUCGAUGGCUUAUAUUGAACACGGGAUUGUCAGAGAUGAACCAUCUGAGUCCAGAAGAGCAGAAGCAAUUAUUUCUGGAUAAACUAGUAGAUUUACCAUUACUGAUAAGCAGUGAGAUAUUUUUGUUGAUCAAAGAACAGGAUGGCCUCUAUCGAAUUGGGCAGAUUUUCAAGCAAUCGACGGACGCUCCAUUAGAUGUUGAACCGCUCGGAACGUGGAGCAAUGGCAGUAUGGUCGAUAACCGGAGGACUCAAGUUACUUCGAUUCGUAGGCUAAACCUCAAUGGUCAUACACUGAAGGCAUCGCUGGUGAUAACCAACCCGGACACGUUGCAUCAUUUGACGGAUUACAAAGACAAACACAUCGACACCAUAACCAAGGUGAACUACAUCCUCACCAACUGUCUGGUGCAGUACUACCUGAACGCUAGGGUCAACUACUCGAUCGUGUCGACCUGGGGCUAUUUCAACACCACCACCAAACGCUGGGAUGGCAUGAUUGGUGAACUGUCCCAAAAUGUUGCCGACUUGGGGGCAUCGCCGCUCUUCUUCACCACCGACCGAAUCGCCGUGAUCGAGUACGUAGCAAUGACUUCAGCUACCCGGUCCAAGUUCAUCUUCCGCUCGCCGAAGCUGUCCUACACGGAAAAUGUCUUUCUUCUGCCGUUUGAUGACCUUGUCUGGAUCUGUACCGCCAUGGUGAUCUUUCUAGCAUCAUGCCUGCUAGUGAUCACCGCUCGAGCUGAAUGGAGAGUCCCACUCACGGUAGACGAUCCGAGCGAUGGCAGUAUUCUGCGAGCCAGUUUACGCGAUACAUUGCUGAUGAUCUACGGUGCCACGUGUCAACAGGGAUCCUCCACGUUGCCACGCAGUUUCUCGGCCCGAACGAUCACCAUGAUCACCUUCACCGUGCUGAUGUUCCUCUACGUUUGCUACUCGGCCAACAUUGUGGCCCUUCUGCAAAGCCCGUCGACCAAGAUACGCACCUUGGAAGAUCUUUUGGCGUCCCGGUUGAAGUUCGGAGCUCACGAUACAGUGUUCAAUCGGUACUAUUUUACCCAUGCUACGGAACCGACGCGACAGGCCAUCUACGAGCGGAAGAUCAAGCAGCAGGAUGGCUCAGCCAACUUCAUUAAUCUGGAACAAGGAAUUGAUCGGAUUCGGAGAGGGCUGUACGCAUUCCACGUGGAACAAGGCGUCGGAUACAAGGUCAUUAGUGAAACCUAUCAGGAAGAUGAGAAAUGUGGCCUUCAAGAGAUACAGUAUCUGCAAGUCAUCGAUCCGUAUUACGCCAUCCAGAAGAACUCCUCGUUCAAAGAGCAUAUCAAAAUAGGUCUGUUCCGGCUCAAUGAACACGGCAUCCAACAUCGUGAAAACUCCAAUCUAUACACCAAAAAGCCAAAGUGCACCGGCGGUGGGGGAAAGUUCGUCCCGGUCAGCUUGGUGGACACGGAACCGGCAAUACUGGUUAUCGUUUGGGGAACCGGAUUAGCUGCAGCGAUUUUCGUCAGCGAACUGGCUUGGGUGAAAGGCAUGCGGAAGUAUCGCGACUGGAAAGGGUCGCACGUUGUGAAAAUGGUGUACACCGACUACAUAGAUUGACUUGUUUAACUCUGCUCGUGCUCUAUGUCCUGCACAUGCAGCAAACUCAUCGUUUCACAGUUUCUGCUAAUUCAGAUUGUUCAUUCUAUGACCUAUAAACUGCACGUAUACAGUAGGAAAGUCAUGGUCGUAGCCAGGAUUAUCUUAAUGGGGGCAACCGACCUUGAAGACAUAAUUUACCCAUUCGAGGCAAAAUUACAAUUUUCGGCACUUUCCGAAUCCAAAGUCUACGACACUGGUUGUAUUAUAUGCU